AGCCUAAGUCCAUAUUGGCAUCAAGUCGUCUUGCAAUAGUAUUCAGGGUCUACGCUAGACAGCUUGUAAGUUUCUCCUGCGGAGCGCUACCGGUCCACCUUUAGGAGACGGUUCAUUAUCGCAAAAGCCACAUGCCGGUUUAUUCCCCAUUUGGCGCAAUGUGGUCGCCGACUACAAGAACAGUGGCCUAUUGCGAUGGGCACGCAGAGCGUUAGAGAUGUAAGAUGAGCAUGUACAUACAAGUAGCGCAUUCCUCUCGGCAUUGUUCUCCUGAGAUCAUCUUGUCGAAUUCCAGAUUGCAAGAAACAACGACAGUGAACGCCAAGCCAAGGAAGUGUGGGUGCGAAAGACGAAAAGGAUAUGUUCACGCCGGUCGAAACGACUGUUGGAGCGUUGCUGCUCCAUCAAGCAACCAGCACUCUUCUCUACCAGAAUGGGAACAUAUUGGGACUGAGCGGGUACCUGCGCCAGCUCCUUUCGGCGCCUACCAAGGAGCAGAUUGCCUUUUUCACUGGCAUGGCGGCUAGCUAUGUUCCCUUGAAAGCCCUAGCGCCACAGCUAAUGACCGUCUAUCCUGUGGUGCAGUUGAGCCCCAAGACUGCUAUGGCGACAGCUGCAUUGGGCGCAUUGAUCGGGUGGGGGACCAAGAUGGCCAACGGCUGUACUUCUGGACACAUGCUUUGUGGUCUUUCUCGGUUGAGCGGGCGUUCUGCAACUGCGGUUGCCGUGUUCUUCCCCACUGCCAUGAUCACUCACCACCUGGCCAACCCGACGCUUGCCACUUCAGUAUGUCCAAGCGGUGUGCCGUGCUACACGCCUGUAUACCCAAAGUCAGAAGAGGCCGUAUCUCUUCUGAUGCUAGCAGGAUCCGUUGGCAUGGCGGCACGAACGAUACCUCAUCUCGUUGCUCUAGCCACCAGCUCAGAUGGCACCAAGCAGGAAGCUGGUGAACCGCCCAAGGCCGCACGCAUCACAACGCAGUUUUUCUCUGGUCUUUUGUUUGCCCUUGGCCUCCAGAUAUCACAGAUGUCACAACCGGCAAAAGUCGCCGCCUUCCUAUCUUUUCCGGCCUUGCAACACUGGGAUCCAUCCCUUGGCUUGGUGAUAAUAUUCGGAGUGCUACCCAACCUGAUUGAAAAUCAGAUCAAAGGCUUCAAAAAGCCGCCAUCAUUUGCCGAAGUAUUCGCGCUGCCGACGAAAACAGUCCAGGAUAUUGAUAAGAGGUUUCUGAUGGGUGCUGUGGCAUUCGGUAUUGGGUGGGGUCUAUCAGGCGUCUGUCCAGGGCCAGCUGUGAUCAGGGCUUUCUACCAGCCCAUCUGGGGUCUCCUAUGGAUUGGCGGGUUCUGGCUUGGUGGCAAAGUGAAUAUCUGAUGAGUAUCGGGUGUCGGGGCUAUGGCUAGCAAAACCCUUAUGUAAAGUAUAAUAACGAUCAAUAAGAAGACGACCUUUGUAUUC